CGUAUAAAAUGCUUAGUGGACGGUUUUUUGGUAAUGUAAUAAUUAUGGAUUUUUGAGCUCCCAAUCCCCCCCUACUUUUCCAUUGUCUCCAUUUACCAUUACUUUUACCGCUUUAUAAUAAAGUUCGUUGCCCAAAUAAACAGCUGACACUUUUUGAGUCGACAUUCUAAGGGUGGAGCGGUUCACACUUGGACGCGGAGUGAAACGCGCCUGAUUGAUAAAAAUCUGACGUGCUGACACCAAUCCCCAAAAUUUGCAGAUAACGCGCGCGCGUGACUCGGCACGGACCGAAACACAGACGACGAUCCAUAGAAAAAGAAAAAGUCCACAUCCGUGCGCGCGCGAGCGCGCGUGGAGUUGGUCCUUGUGUUCGCAAACGCGGCGUUGCAGAAAGGCAUGCGUCUGGUUCAGGGCUCUCCUUAGGAAUGCGACGGGAAGAGAGAAGUCUGCUUCAACAACACGCAUGCGGGACGGAGCUUACUUUUCUUCUUGUUUGGAGCUAGGGGCUCGCGUCGAGCAUUUGCUCAACGUACAAAAAAAAAUAAAAAAAUCAAUGAAACAUUGGGAGCGAGAGUGUCAACUAGUCGGUCAAGUUUGGAGCACGGAGGAGCCUUGAAGAGGCGCACGUCAACUUCUUCAGCUUCAUGGGCUGCAUAAGCCAAGUGGUGUGGGCGCUGCUGGGGGCGGCUGCCUUCAUCACGGUCGUAACCGUGACGGCGUUUUUUUUAAGUAAAUCAGAAGCUCCGAAAAAUCCUUACACCUUUGAAGACUAUUUCAAUAACACAAUUCGGUGGAGAUCCUACAAUCUGUACUGGAUAACAGAUACCGAGUAUCUACACAAAGCCAGAGAUGGGAACGUCUACCGCUACAAUGUGGAAAACAACACAGAGUCACCAUUCUUGAGCAAUUCAACCUUUGACGAGGUGGGCGCCACAGACUACCUGUUGUCGGGGGAUCACAAAUAUGUCGCGCUAGAAAGCAAUUUCACAAAGCAAUGGAGACACUCGUACACAGCCGCCUACUCAUUCUAUAGCUUGAAGAGUUGGGCGUUUGUCGAAAAUGUGGGUCUUCCGCCCGUGGUGCAGUACCUCAGCUGGGCGCCAGAGGGAAACAAAAUGGCUUACGUUGCCGACUACAACGUCUACGUCAAAGCGAACAUCACUGCGGAAGCUGUACAAGUCACCAGCAACGGGAAAAAGAAUGAGAUCCUCAAUGGGGUGCCUGACUGGGUGUAUGAGGAGGAGGUGUUUGCAUCAAACGGAGCCUUGUGGUGGUCAACAACUGGACGAUACUUGGCCUACGCCGAGUUUGAUGACACCAAAGUGAAAAAAGUGGAGUUUUCCUUCUACGGACUGACGCAGUACCCUGAAACUAUGGCUAUUGCAUACCCAAAGGCGGGCUCAAAUCUGACGAAGGUCAAACUGUUCGUGGUUGAUACGAAUAACUUGUCCAUCCCCGCCAAAGUGAUCCUACCCCCUGCCUCCAUUCGAUCUGGGGAUCACAUUUUGAAUUCCGUCACCUGGGUCACAGACCAGCGUGUCGCGGCGCAGUGGGUCACCAGAAAGCAGAAUUACGUGCUCGUGCAGAUUUACGACUUGAUUGAAGGGAAAUGGAAAGAAAAUGAGGAGAAAUUCGAGCAGAUGAGCCCAACAGGCUGGGUUGGCCAUUAUGGGCCAUUACCUCUUUUCUUUGCUGAAGAUAAAAUCAGUUUCUACAAAGUGCAAAGUGACAACAGUGGCUACAAACAUAUUCAUCGCAUCCAAAAGGGCAAGGCGACACCGAUUACCUCGGGCAAGUGGGAAGUCAUUUACAUCACCAAGCUGACGAAAGAUGCCAUAUAUUUUGUCGGUUAUGAAGAUGGGGGGACGCCUGCGAAGAGACAUGUUUACAAGGUGGCGAUCGGAGUCGUACCUUCCCCUCGCGAGUGCCUCACCUGCAACGACGACAAGGACAGGUGUCAGUACAACUUGGCUUACUUCAGCACUGACGCCUCGUAUUACCGCAUGGACUGUUACGGGCCGGGUUUUCCUCGCUUCACGCUCAUGGAUAAUCGAGGCCCAGGUGCAAAUGCCUUGCUCGCCACUCUUGAAGAAAACAAAGAAAUUGAGAACAUUCUCCAGCAGUUCCAAAUGCCAACGAUGAAGUACGGCACCUUCAACAUCGCAGGAUUUGAUCUCUCGUAUGAGAUGAUGUUACCGCCUAAUUUUCUGUCCUCCAGACGGUACCCUCUGCUUCUUGACGUGUACGGUGGCCCCUGUAGUCAAAGAGUGGAUUAUCGUUUCAAGCUGAACUGGAGCACCUUCCUGGCCAGCACCUACGGGAUCAUCGUCGCCAGAUUUGACGGAAGAGGAAGCGGUUACCAAGGCGACAAGAUCAUGCACGCCAUCUACCGGCGUCUCGGAACGAUUGAGGUGGAGGAUCAGAUGGAGGCGGUCAGGAACUUUGCCAAGAUGCGUUUUGUUGACAAAGACCGGAUAGCUAUUUGGGGCUGGUCUUACGGCGGUUACGUUACCUCGAUGGCCCUGGGCGCUGGAAGCGGCCUUUUCAAGUGUGGGAUUGCGGUUGCUCCAGUCGCCAGUUGGCAAAUGUAUGAUGCUGUCUACACUGAACGCUACAUGGGCACACCUCAAGACAAUAAAAUGGGUUAUGAGAAUUCUUCAGUUUUAGCCCGAGCAGGGAAGUUCAAGGGUACGCAGUUUUUGCUUAUCCACGGCACAGCAGACGACAAUGUCCACUUCCAGCAGGCAGCGAAGCUCAACACGGCUCUGGUGGACGAGCAGGUUGACUUCGAGGCUAUGUGGUACACAGACAAGGACCAUUCCCUCAAAGGAGCCAUCCGGCACGUGUACGCCCUCAUGAGUAACUUCCUCAAGAAAUGUCUUGUUAAUGACAAAUGAAUGUGAGCAAAACGCAUUUAUUUUGGAACACUAUUGUGUUCAGUUGACUUCUGUACAUUUUACAGACUUUUUUUUUUUUGGGGUGAUGAAAAUCAGCAUUCAUGUUUUACAGUGACUUUUUUUUUUUGAAAUAAAUGAAAUAU